CCAAGGGACAAACAGGAGCGAGUGGUCACUAUGAUUCACUUGAAGAUUUUCACCAUCUCUAUCCUCUACUGCAACAUCUAUAUGUCAGCAGCUCUACACUGGAAGAGGGCUCUUUACCCAUCUGCAUAUAGAGUGAAGAGAAGCUCAGCAGCCUUAGUGAACCCCAUCUUUCAGAAGACUGUUGAGGACACCGAUCUGCUCUAUGAGAUCCUGUUGUCAGGGAUGCAUCUGGAGGAAGAGGACAGUACGUACAGAAUUGAGGAUGAAGAGCUUGCAUCCCUGCGAAAGGUCAAGGCCUUGGAGGUCAUCUGUGAGGAUGUGCUGCCUAGGUCACUAUCAGAAAUUCGUCGCCUAGGACACCAACUAGCACAAAGACACGGUAUCUUGUCAAAGGAGGACUUUGAGCGCACUGUACUUACCAUGGUGUUUAUAGCUCAACGGUCACCAAAGACCACCCCUGGCCACCAGAGGGCGAUGUGGGCUGAUGCCAUGCUGGAGCUCUACAAAGCCAUUAAAGGAGACCUGAGACCCCAGUGAGAGUGUCUCUAACCCUUUUCAUCAGCAGUGACACUUCAUAUUCACAUAGCUCAUAGUUCCUAGACUUUAUCUACGUUGCUCAUUUACAUUGUUUAUUUACAGAUAACCACUCAUGGAGAAUGUGGGGCAGUUGAAGCCAUUCCUGAUUACCGGAAUUGCCUUAAAUCUAGAAGGCUAUCUCAGUGUACACUGCAGAAUAUUAAUGGAAAGACUGCCGUUUAUCCAAAUUAAAACUGACCUGUCGAUAUCCAGUGUUUAAGGUGGUAAUAAGGUUUUGCUAAUAAUUUCAAUAUGAAAAGGUUAACAGAACGUUUGUAUCAUGUGUCGUGUCUGAAAACAACAACAAAAAACCCUCACCUGGAAAACUGGAGAAACAGGAGUUGCUUCAGUCUGUUUUAAGUUGGAAAUUUAUCUAAACAGUCUGCAUGUGUUUAUGGGAUCUUAUGUGUGAUGCCCUGAUUUUACUUUGGUACUGUUAUUAUUCCAUUUCAGAGGGGAAAUGACCACAGCCAUUGACAGCAGCACCUAAACUAGACACUGAUCUGUUCAUUUGCUGCUUUGAGCUUUUUCUCUUUCAACUCCUCAGGGCUGGAGCAUUUUUAUAAGGGACCGCAGAAAUUAAAACCCACCAUGUUACUCUGUAUUGUAAGUAGUUCAACUGAAAUAUUACUCAGUCAUAUUUCUCAGUUCAGCAAGUUAGAAGCAAAAAUCCAAGCAAACCCAUGCCAACACCCCAAUCCUGAAUACUCAUGCUCUUUCUCAACCAGUUGGUCUUGUACCACUGCCAUACACUUGAAAAUGUAAAAUAGUACUUGAGCAAAAGCAGACUAGCAGCUCAGUUUUCAAUACUUGACCUCCAAAUAACAAGCAAUUCACAGCCAACUUCAGUAAAAGGAAAAAUUAGUCCUGAGUUUCUG